CUGAGUAGCAUAGAUUUUGCUUUUUAAAUGACCCCACAUAAAGAAAUCCAAAGGUGACAAAUCUGGCGAUUUUGGGUGCCAUUCAAUGGCACCACUUCUACCAAUUCAUCGAUCAGGAAACGUCUGAUCUAAAUAUUGUCGAAAACGUAAUGCGUAAUGUGGUGGGACACCAUCCUGUUGGAACAUCAACCUAUUCGCAAUGUACCGCCGAUCAUUCUGAUAUUAAAUUAUGGCUGUUAGUGCAGGAUCUAUGGCGUCUUCCAGUAAUUCCAAAUACAUUUCACCGGUCAAAUUGCCAGUUUACGUUAGCAGCAGUAGAUCGUCAGCGUUGGCAUCACCUGCAGCGACCGUCAAUUCCUCUUUCGACCUUACUGAUCCUGUAGGAGUACCGACAGGUUCAUCUAACUCGGAAGAGUCAUCGAAGAACGGCCGAUCCGGCGGCAAAGAGGUAUCCGCUUCUCCUUCGAUCCCGAACGAACAUUCGCAACCUUCCGUUCCGCCGCUGUCAGAAAACCGUUUGCCGGCAAUAACGUCGCACAAUUCGACAGAUACGCAAGCAGCGGCAAUACCGAUAGACGGUGAGGCGUGCCCCGAGGACAGCGUACCGGCCCCUUGGGGCGGCUGCGUGUGUCGGAGCUGCCCGUCAACGCCGCCGCCCGAAUGCAUGUUCGAACUGGUGCCGGUCGAAGACACCGGCGGAGGAGAAGGGAUGGAAGGCACGCCGUCGACGACGCCCGCCCCCGGUCGUUGCUGCCCCCGGUACGAAUGCGUCGGUUGCCGAAGAGAGGAAGAUAAGUUGCAGGGACGGUGCCAAUGCGCCAAAGGGGCGAUCAUCGAUCGGCUGGGACGCACCUGCCGAUGUAUCGAUCCUCAUAAAACACUCGUGAACGGCGAGUGCGUAUGUGACGAAUUGAAAUGUCGGCUGCCCGACAUGUGCAACCGGAAAUCGGUGGCUGUGCAAGUGCAGCGGGGUUGCUGCAAGACGACCGUCUGCACUCCCUGUCCUCCUGAUAGCGAAUCCACCGCUCUCGAUUCCGAUUUGCUCGAAGAUCACUGCGUCUGCCUGCCGUGCCACACCAAUUGCGGAUACAACGAGACGGUAAUAAUAAAGAAGAAAGGUAGCGGUUUUCCGGGAAAUUGCUGCGAUCUGUACGAAUGCCGGGCUGCGGACGAGGCGGAAGAACCGCCUCCUCCUCCUCCAUCUUUAUUGUCAGGAGGUGGUGAGGAUGCGAAGGCAGCUGCAGAUGCUAGCAGCGCCAUCUACUGUCUGGUCGGGGACGUGCGGCAUCCGAACGGCGCCACAUGGACUACCAAAGAUGAACAGAUAUGUCAUUGUAUAUCCGGUCUUUCGAGAUGUUCCUCUGAGAAAAUGCACCAAUUGGAAAAACCGUGCUUCGUCGAUCUGAAAUGGUACGCAAAUGGAGAAAAUUGGACCAAAGAAGACGGAUGCACCCAAUGUAUAUGCAGGAAUGGCGAACAGCAGUGCAUUUCGCACUUUUGCGAGGUGAAAGAGAGUCACAUUCACAGCAGCGACGGUGACACUGAUGCAGACCAGGUCGCGGUACCAUCUGUCGAAUGUCAACCGUUGGCCGAUUGCGACAAAAGUUGCACGAACGGAUACAAGAUAAAUAGGCACGGUUGCGAAGUGUGCAUGUGCAACGAACCUCCGCCGGUUAUUCACGACAAAAACACCAACGGCAUCCUGGAGAAGUACAACAUUUCCAUGGAGGACUUGAUACGCAUCUUGGACGAAUACAAACACAGUCAACGGUUUGAUUCGUCAUCCACCAGCACCACCACCACCACCACCACCACUAGCAGCACAUCCACGAUUAACGCUGUGCUAAGUAGCGGUGGCACCGAUGACAGUGAAGCUUUGUCGAGCCAGAUUUGGAAGGAAAUGAUUUCCAGGGCGGGCGAAAGUAAAACCACGCUAGUGCCAGUCGCCAAAAAGGAGGAAACGAAAGAAGAGCACCCUGCAUCGAUAGCGAGCGUAAACGGGACUGCGGGACCGGCGGUCACAGCGGGUGAUGCUGCGCCAGCUGAUGGCGGAGACGACGUAUACACGAUAGUAUUGGUGUGCUGUUUGGCGGGUGUCGCGGCUUGCGCGACCGCCUUCGCCGCCGCCUGUCUUUAUCGCAAUAGGCGUAAAAGCAGCAGCGUCGACUUGACGCGGUGCCGCUACGAACACGUCGACGCCGUCGCCGUCGGGACGGCCAGGACCGCGGUCAACGGAGCCAACGCCGUCAAUGCGCCGACGCUUCUGCUGCUCAACAACAAUAACAACGAGGACAUCGUUAAAAAGAAGACGAAUACGGCAACUAUAGAUCCGCUUUUGUAGCCGCGCACGCGCCUCCGUUCGCCGCUCGCCGAAACAAAAGCUGCUACGUUCAAGACACGAAUUAGUCUAACAUGACUUGUGAGGUUUUUUGAUGGCACAAAACCUUUUGCAUUUUGAAAUCACGCCAUCACGUUCGUCCUAAAAGUUUUGGCACAAAAUAUUUAUCGGAUUUAUUGUUUGAUGAAGAAAUUUAUUUGAACACAAACUAGUUGUUAUAAAUUAUAACUCACAAUGUUGUACUGUCGAAUUACGUGGAGUGGCCCAAUUUGCUCUACCAGACGCAAUUUUCAACGAAUGUCUCUCGUGAAGUCCUGGACGGAAUUCAGAUCGAUUUCUCUCGGUUUUUCGUGAAUUCGCCGUCUUAAUUGUUCUUUAUCUUGGACUUCCCAGCCUCAAUAACACACCUUUCUAGACAGCAAAACCCAAAAAUCCUGUAUUGGGCGAGCUUGCAGCAAGUUUAGAGUGAUUAUCGUCUUCGGGAGUAUCAUCGAAGCCAGUUUUGAGUAUCUUGAUGCUAGAUCUAGCGAAAACAUGACGUGCUCAUUACCAUGAUGUUCGUGGACAAACUGAAGCGAUUCGGAAAGGCAGUUAACAAUAUAGCUUUGACUAUUCAAAGCUUCGCCCCUUUACUCUUCUCACAAAAGCGAACAUUUUAAAAUAAAUAAUUGUAAACUGAUAGUAGGGUAAUUAAAGUUUUGUUUUCAAAAGCCAAUGAAUUUUGUGCCGAAACCUUUAGGGCGUACGUCACUCUUAAAAUUUCGUUCCUCCCGUAUUAUGACGUUAAUCAUAUAGGACUAGUUUAAUACAUUAAUUAAGGGUGGCAGAAUUCGAAUUUCAAAAUGAAAUGUUUUCGUACCCAUUAACCAGGGGGGCGGGGAAGGGACCGCUCUAGAUUCGUCAUCUUAAGGGAGAACAACGCCCGCUCGCGAUCGAAUCGUGAGCAACUGCUCGUCGACAUUUUUGUUCACGGUACGAUAUUCGACGAAAAUAUGAUGCUCGGAGCAGUGAAGAACCGAUUCGUUCGUGGGUGCGGAGAUUCCGAGCAUCAGGAUCAGCAGCAAACAACCAGCGUCUUAGCUCUUAAAGAAAAUAUCGUUCGCGCGGUUAAUGCUUAAGCAACGAUCGGCGCGAAAUACUGAGGCCAGAUUUCAAGAGUGUGUCCAACGUAACGUUCAACAUUCAGAUGACACGAUUUUUAAAAAACAAUAUCCGCACUAUCCUUCUUUAUAAUAACUAUCGGAAUAGAUGCUUACAUUUUGUAGUUUUGUUUUUAUUUAGUUUUUAAAUCCGAAUUCUGCCACCGGACACCCUAUAAUGUAUCAACCCUAUUUACGAUUAAACGUCAUUUUAAUACACUUAAAAAAAUCCCAUUCCGUCUUUGAACGCCUCUAUAUAUCCUAAUUUGGCGGUGAACUUUAUCAAAGUCCUUGUAUGAUAUAAAUGAAGCUUAUUUUUUGUAAUUAGUUUCUGCCUCAUUUGUGAUAAGAAAUAUGUCGAGUAUGUUUAUGAAGGAGCAUAGCGUGAAUAUGAAUAAAUAUCGCUUUGUAAAUAAUAUCCACCGAACGCCAUGAUUGACACAAGGUCGUCUACUUGCAUCCGGCAAACGUACUCGCGACUCUCCUACUAUUUUUAAUAUUAUUAUUAUGUUCUUCUAUCUGUGACUGUUACUUUAAUGUUUAAGGAAGAUUAUUUAAUUUAUUUUUCUAUUAUUCAACGUUCACGUAUACUGUAUACAAAUAUAUGCUGUUAGUAUAGAUUAGGUAGCUGUCGGUAAGUAAAUAUAACAUUUAUAAUAAAUAAUAUUACGUGAAGGUGUAUAUGCCCGCGGAUUAGAGCGCCAUUGCUUUACGAUGCAAAUGCAACAAAAUAGUUAGAAUAAGUUUGGCGUAUACAGGGUGAUUCACAAAUCGCGACCAAAAAUGAAACAUCAUUCAGAGAAGCGCAUUUUAUGUUGGAGUGCAUCAGUGGCGGAGAUACAGGGGAUUAGUGGCAUUAUUUUUCCAAAUAAAAAUAGUACUGAAAAUAAUCAUUCUUGUGUAGAGUGGAAAAAACAAAUUAGAUAGUCUAAGCUUUAUUUCGAUAAACGUUCAAAAAAGACCACCAUUGGUUUGAUAAAGAAAAACGUAUUUCCGCAAAAUUUGUUGAGGCUUGAAAUUGAUGAAACGCAUCUAUUCUUUCUUAUAACUGAUCAACAGUAUUAAUUUGUUCAGCAUACACCGGUUGUUUAAAAGUGCCCCACAAAAAGAAAUCCAGGGGGUCCAAAUCAGAAGACCUCGCAGGCCAAUGUGCGGGUUUAUUGUUUUUUAUUUUUAAACUCCAACACCCCGUAUCUUUUUAAUGAAGCCUCCGACGAAAAACUGAUACAUAGAAGACCCCCCUUAAAAUGCGGUAUGAUGUUUCAUUUUUGAUCACUUGUGGAUCACCCUGUAUAUACGGAUUUACAAAAUAUGGACGACGCUAAUUGCGUUCUGAUUUUAAAAUUUUGUAUCGUUAUUUGAAUAUUCGACGCGCUCAGAACACUAUUUGAUUCAGAAGUUGUCAGAUAUGUUUUUUUUUUGAAAUCUCGGUAAGGCAGGGUAAAUUUUGGUUAACAAUUCUGUAAAUAAUUAUUAUUAUGUUAGGUACACGUAAUGAUUCCUAUUAUGUUUUACUCUCGACUUGACCAGACAUUUUAACACGCAGACUUGCCAAAAUUUAUACAAUUUCAAAGUUACUUUCAAUGCAGUAUUCGAAAUAAGAGUACGAUGCUCUGUUUUUACUUUCUUUUAUUCUAUGUUCCGUACAUAUGGUGAACAGUAAUUUUAUAUGUUUUAGCAUGAAGUUACUGCCAAUUUGUUUUACAGAAAUAUUUUAUUUCUUUCAGGUGAAAAACAAUAUUAUUGUAUUAUUGUAACAUGUCUCACAUGUGUGUGUAUAUAUAUAUUUAUAGAGCAUAAUAAACUAGUUGCGUUUUAGUUUAUAGACUUUGUUUUUCUAUAAAUGUUAUCUUGAACGAGUAGCGUUAUACACUACCGUUCAAAAGUAUUUUGCACGUCCGGAAAAAAGGAAACUGAUGGAAGUUAUCAAACAAAACAUUACAAUAUCUAUAUGGAAC